AUGGAGCAACAGAACCCGCAACAGGACCCGCACCAGACCUUCAUUGACCCUGGUCCAUUGGUGCCGUCUCUCCUGACGUUGCAGGAGAAACACAUUUCGACGUACGUAUGGAACAGAUCUGGUGACGCAAAUUCAGAUGAUCGUGUAAUGAACGUCAGACACGCUGCUUCAUGGGAUCAUCUAAAUAUACCCGAGGAGAUCCAUCCUUACCUGCAGCAGGCAGGGUUUUAUCAUAUUGCGCGUCGGCGCAACCAUGAGAUUGACCACCAUCUCAUUUCGGCCCUUGUGGAGAGAUGGCGUCCUGAGACGCGCACAUUCCAUAUGUCCAUGGGUGAGGUGAUGAUUACUCUGGAGGAUGUCCACCAUCUGCUUAGACUGCCUACAAAUGGAGAGGUUGUAUCUGGCCGCGUUGGAGGUGGUUGCCUCUUCGUUGAGACUGCAUCUAGCUUCGUCCAUGCGCGGUAUCUCCUAUUUUUGGAUGAUUUUCAGAGGACUAGGACGUAUUCUUGGGGUUCCGCUGUCCUGGCUACUUUGUACAGGGAGUUGUGCAAGGUUACUGACCCAGGACGAUCGGAUAUGGGUGGCUGUAUUCUGUUACUACAAUUGUGGGCAUGGACACGUUUCCCUACUAUCUCCCCAGGAAUCCCAGCGAUCACCGAUCCAGAUGCUAUUUUUGGAGCAAGGUUUAAUGAAUAUGUGUCCAUACGACGUCGUUACUCCCACAUCAGACGAUAUCGUCAUCACAUUGACGUUAUGCCUACCCGCAGGAUACAGUGGAGGCCAUACGACGGAUUCGUUGGGCAUCCCCCCUCGUCCGAGGAGUCACGCAGAUGGUUAGUUGUAUGCCCACUUCACUACCAGAUUGUUGUCUACCAGCAGCCGGAUAGAGUGCUGAGGCAAUUUCAUUUUAGGCAGCCGAUACCGAGCGAUGCUUUCAUGAGUUCAGAGCUGCUGACCAUCACCUUGACUGGUAAGGGUGAUGUUGACUGGAGGGACCGUCAUGGACUGUAUAUAGUGCAGUGGCAUUCCAGGGAUGCCCUCAUUGUGCAGGGUCUACAGCCCUUGCAGGGAGAAGGUCAUCUGUCUCCCAACAGCACGUACAUGCAGUGGUAUUUUCAGCAUACGCGUAGAUGGAUGAUGCAGAGAUCGGCCAUUCGUUCUCAUGUGAGUGAUCGCAUGGAGACUGUUCUGCAUAUGGCAUCAGACGAGGCCCAAAGAGCAUUCACAUAUGGCCAGAUAUACGAUGAGACCCUUCAGAUGAUGUCCGCAUUCGAUGAGUUUGGCAGACUGACAGAGCCUGGAGAGGCUGCAUUUAACAUCCUGCUUGCUUUCAAAUUGCUGGUCCUUAUAAAGCUCUUGACUCAUUUGCCAAUUUGA